GUGUGAGACUUUUGAGAAAUGUUGCCCUAACGUUUGUGGAACACGAAGUUGUGUUGCAGCCCGGUACAUGGAUGUGAGAGGGAAGAAAGGACCUGUCGGGAUGCCCAAAGAAGCCACCUGUGACCGAUUCAUGUGCAUCCAGCAAGGUUCAGAGUGUGAUAUCUGGGAUGGGCAGCCUGUCUGCAAAUGCAAAGACAGGUGUGAAAAGGAGCCAAGUUUCACCUGCGCGUCUGACGGGCUCACCUAUUACAACAAGUGUUACAUGGACGCAGAAGCAUGUACCAAAGGCAUCGCCCUCAAUGUGGUGACUUGUCGUUAUCACCUCACUUGGCCAAACACCAGCCCUGUCCCAGCAGAGACUACAGCUCCACCCACCACUGCUUACUUGGAGACGACCAUCACAGACAUCCUCGCCCCUGGUUUAGUCAACAACCCAACCCAUCAGGUGGUCUACGUGGGAGAGACGGUAAGCUUCCUUUGCGAUGUUACCGGUCGGCCUAAACCGGAAAUCACUUGGGAGAAGGAGACUGAGAACAAAGAGAAAGUAAUUAUGAGGCCUAACCACGUCCAAGGAAAUAUUGUUGUCACCAAUAUUGCCCAGCUGGUGAUCUAUAACACGCAACUACAAGAUGCAGGGAUUUACACCUGCACAGCCCAAAACCUUGGUGGUGCUUUAAGGGUUGAUUUCCCGUUGUCAGUCCUCCAAGGAGAAGCUACUUCUCCAGAAUCAGUGCAGAAUAAAACUCACUUUCCAACCAACGAGUGCCUGAAGCAACCUGACAGUGAAGACUGUGGAGAAGAGCAAGCCAGAUGGUAUUAUGACGCAAAGAAAAACAACUGCUUUGCUUUCAUUUAUGGGAACUGUAAUAGCAAUCUCAAUCAUUUUGAGACCUACGAGAGCUGUAUGCUGACAUGCAUGAAUGGCCCCAUCAACAUCUGCAAUAUGCCAGCCCUGCAAGGUCAUUGCAAAGCCUACGAGCCCCGGUGGGCAUACAACAGCUUGACGAAACAAUGUCAGUCUUUCAUUUACGGAGGUUGUGGAGGCAAUGAGAAUAAUUUUGAAAGCCGAGAGGCCUGCGAAGAAUUGUGCCCUUUCCCUCUGGAUAGGCUCUGUAAAGUUGGCAAGGCUUGCAAACCCCGGCAAAAGCUGGUGACCAGCUUCUGCAAAAGCGAUUUUGUGAUUCUUGGCCGUGUCAUGGAGCUGACAGAGGACCAAGAUUCCGGCCAUGCCCUGGUGACGGUAGAGGAGAUUCUGAAGGAUGAGAAAAUGGGGCUCCAAUUCUUGGGAAGGGAGCCUUUAGAAAUCACCUUGUUGAACAUGAACUGGAGCUGCCCGUGCCCCAACAUUACGGCAACGGAAGGCCUGCUCAUCAUCAUGGGGGAUGUCUACAAUGGAAUGGCUGUGUUACAGCCGGAUAGUUUUGUUGGGGCCUCAAGUGUCCGACGCGUUCGAAAACUGCGUGAAGUCAUCCACAAGAAAACCUGUGAGCUAUUAAAAGAGUUCUUAGGACUGUACUAAUGCCCUGAGAGUAGCUCACUGGCUUUCCAGAUUUGUGCAUUAUAUAGUGCUAACAAACAAUAGGUUUGCCCCUUGUGUAACUCUUGUUUGCUGAUAUAUGUUAUGUAUUACAUAUGAAGGAAUGAAUGGCAUGUAGCAGAGAGACAGUUGUCUUUUUGACAAAUAUUUUAAAAUAGCUGUAAACAGCCAUUAAUCUUUAGAUUUCUAUCUAUCUAUCACUCUAGAAAUGCCAUCUGGUGUUUAUCGCUUGCUAAGAAUGCGAUUUUCAUCAUAUUAAAAAAAAAACACCCCAUUUUGUAGUAUUUGUCCAGAGCUGAAACAUGCAAAAACUCUUAGCCUAAUAGCUCUUGUUUGGAAUACAGAGAUGUUUGUGAAAAGCAUCUGAAAUGCAUCCCAUUCUUCAGGAUAUUGCAAAAGAAUCUGUAAAUUAUUCCCUAUAAUCACAAUAAUUAUAGCCAUUAAACCAAUCCAUUAUGGCAUCUGUUCUGACUGGAAAUGAUUUCGAGGCAGGGACUUCAUCUUCAGUAGACAUUUUUGUAGUAGAUUUUUAAACAGUGUGCCCAUCUAGUCACAUUCCAAAUGAUCUGUUCUAUCAGACGAUGAAUUUGGAAGCAAAACCACACAUUAUGAUCUCACUGCACUUUCCUACCCAAAUAAAAUAUUGUGCACCACAUUAAGUAUUAAACAUUUUGCACUGCA